AUCUGCUUUGUGCAUCUCCGACUCGUUCAACGCCGGAAGCCAUUGGCUACAUGAACUCACGUGUUGCUGCACCGCACCUCACCUCACAAAUUGCUUCCCUUCAACUCGCACGUGCGACACCCGUGAAUACUCUGCACUUGUCUUUCUUCUCUAGCGGUUUCUCGUAAUCCCAGACCUCCAUUUUCGACAAUCCGGUCCAGCAUACAUCUUGUCCAACAACAACAACUCCCUCGCAUGGCAUCAUUAAACGCUACAUUUUGCUCCCCGUGAUUGCCGGUCAACAGCCACUCGCUCCCGGCAAAAUGGACACCGCGCGAGAGAAGGGAAAUGUCGUGGCCUUUCUGGGGCCCAAGGCUUCAUAUACGCAUCAGGCAACGCUGCAGAAGUUUGGAGAUCAAAACUUCCACAUCGUGCCCAUGACGAGCAUCGACGAUGUCUUUGCUGCGGUCCAGGCGGGAAGUGCCACACAUGGAGUCGUGCCUUUCGAAAACUCCUCCAACGGCCCCGUCCUCUUCACCCUCGACCUCUUCGCCGACGCAGACAAGCGCCACCCCGACAUUGUCGUCGAAGCCGAAAUCUACCUUCCCGUGCACCACUGUUUGGUCGGCCAGCGAGCCGCAAAAGCCCUCCACACGGCCAAAGCAACGGAUGCACCUAGUCUGAGCCAGGUCCGAGAGGACCUCGACACUUCGCCCGUAGUGUCGGGAGCAGCGACGCCCACGCAGACUGCACCCCAGCCCGCGCGGCCGCGCGUGCAGCCGCUGCACUCCAUCAAGCACAUCCAGCACGUUCACUCGCACCCGCAGGCAUGGGGUCAAUGUAAGGCGUUUCUGACCGCCUACCUCAAACAAGCCGAAAAGCACGAUGUUUCGUCCACCUCCCGCGCCGCCGAGAUCGUGGCAACCGAUUCCACGGGUGUCUCGGCCGCCGUCUCGAGUAAACUCGCCGCCGAGCUGAAUGGACUCGAUGUCUUGGCUGAAGGCAUUGAAGACACGCAAGGGAACAGUACUCGCUUCUUUGUGUUGCGACGACGGCAGGACGUGGAAGGGCAUGUCAACGCAUCAUCGACAGAGGGUGUGAAUGGACCGGUGGCGAAUGCUCACGACGACCAAGCGCAGCUCUUCAAGAGUCUCAUCUCCUUCACUGUCGACCACGCGGAGCCCGGGGCAUUGGCGGACUCGCUGGCCGUGUUUAAGAAGCACGGCCUGAACCUGACUUCCAUCAAUACGCGGCCGAGUGGCGCCAGGCCGUGGAACUACGUCUUCUUUGUGGAGCUGAUGGGCAGAAAGCGUGGAGACGGGGACGGGGGAAAGGUGAAUGUCGCGCUGGACGAGCUGGGCCGGGUGGUGAAGACGUAUCGCUGGUUGGGGAGCUGGGAGAAGAUGACAAAGGAUUGAUGCGAGGCAUGCGAAUGGCUUGCGCGAGAAAUGGAUGAUAAGGCUUGAGGCCGGGUACCUAGAUUGCGCCGUGGGUUGUCGAAUCUGCGGUCCCGACUCCCACGCCAUAAGCAUCCUCUGAAGCGUAAAAUCGAACGAGACCAAGAACAAGGAAGCAAGUUACAAGACAGAAAAGCAUCGUAGCACCGUGUCUGCUCCACCACAUCCUCCAUGCGCCCCA